AUGGGAAAUAGUUGUAAAAAAAAAGUUCGAAUUAUGAGAAAUCGAAGUAUGUCAAAAGAUAUUAACAAUUGUUUUUAUUUCGAUGACAAAAAUAAUAAUAGUUUGAGCCCUCAGAAGGUCUACAUUGAUUUAUAUGAUAAAAAAAUAAAAAAUUAUGAACAGUUUAGAAGAAAUAAUAGAAACAUUUUAGAUUUAAAUGGAAAUAAAACAGCUAAUAGGAAUAGUUCUAUUAUAUAUAUCGAUGAGUUAUAUAAUAUAUUAGGAAAUGAAGAAAAAAUAAAAUUAAAAAAAUUGGACAAUUCGGAUGUUGAAGAAGUUUUAAUAAUAAAAAAGCAUGUUAAAUACAAAAGGAGAAGGAAACGAAAAAAUAAAAAUAAAAAUUGCAAUGUGCAUAAUAUUGAGAGUUAUGCCAAUGAUAAGUAUAACAGGUUGAGCAGUAUACAUAGUGACAAUAAUAACAAAUCGAUGAAAAAUGGAAUAAAAAAAAUGAAAGAAAAAUAUCCAAAAGCUUUAUUAUAUUAUGAAAAUGAUAAUAAAAAAAAUAAUUUUGAUAAUUUGGUUUCUCUUAAUGUUUCAAAUAAAAAAAAAAAAAAAAAAUUGAAUUUAAAAUUGGACGAUAUAGAAACAUGUUGUAACUCAUCAAGUGAAAGUAAAUAUGAUACAUUUGUGAAGGAUAAAAAAUAUGAUAUAUUUGAAGAGGACAGAAUAUAUUUGCUAAAAAAACGACGAGAAGAAAUGAACCAGAAAAAUACAAACCAAAAUAAUAGCAUAUAUAGGGGCAAUAUGAAUUAUUCAACAACUUUGGAUACCCUCAAAAAAUAA